CUAUACUGUUACCUCAGGUGGAAUGCGAGUCGCCACGCCCACGCCACAAUAACAAAACAAAAGACCACAGUAUCAAAUCCACACCGCCUUCAUUUACAUACAGACUCGAAGGACUCUUUUAUCACACAUCCAACAGUCAAUCGCGGCGGGGCACCGCCUAAAACAUACUAUCCAAAAGCCCAAAAUGGCCGCUGUAACCGAAGGAAACCUAGACCCUGAGAAGCAGACGCUACUCAGCCAGCAUAAGGAGCGCCACUUCACCGCCGGCGAAAUCGUCCGCGACAUUAUCAUCGGAGUAUCGGACGGUCUCACUGUACCAUUCGCCCUCGCCGCCGGUUUAUCUGGCGCCAAUGCUACAUCUUCCAUUGUACUCACUGCCGGAAUCGCCGAAGUCGCCGCCGGUGCUAUCUCCAUGGGACUUGGAGGGUAUUUAGCGGCUAAGAGCGAGGCAGAUCACUAUGCAAGGGAGCUAAAUAGAGAACGAGAAGAGAUACUAAGUGUUCCUGACACAGAGGCGGCUGAGGUAGCAGAGAUACUAGCACAGUAUGGAAUAGAGCCUCAUGAGUAUGAGCCUGUGGUUAAUGCUCUUAUGAAAAAGCCUGAAGCUUGGCUUGAUUUCAUGAUGAAGUUUGAACUGGGAUUGGAGAAGCCCGAUCCAAGAAGGGCCCUACAAAGUGCCCUGACUAUUGCCGUUGCUUACAUUUUGGGUGGAUUAGUUCCUCUGGCUCCUUACAUUUUCAUUUCAAGAGCUCAAGAUGCUGUAAUUGCAUCAGUCGUCAUAACCUUAGUGGCAUUGUUAAUAUUUGGCUAUGGCAAAGGGUAUUUUACGGGUAGUAAACCCUUCAGGAGUGCCUUACAAACUGCCCUUAUUGGCGCCAUUGCAUCUGCUGCUGCAUUUGGCAUGGCUAAGGCUGUCCAGUAAUCAUAUGAUCCUGCCUGCCAUUGCCAAUAUAAGCAUUUUAGGGAUUUCAACUUGCAUACCGUUGUAAUAUCAGCUUUGAUAAUAUUUGUGCAACUUAAUGGAUUUCUGCUUACAUUCUAGCGUACACCUGUUCAUUUUUAAGACAUUUUUCCUUUAGUUUUCUUUUACCCUUUUCCCCA